AUUUCAUCAAACUUGGUUGUAAGGGCUGUUCAUACCUAAAAUCUUUGCAUAAUUGACAUGUCUACCAAACCCAUUCACCAUUUGCUGAAAAUCAAUCCAACAAGUGAAUGCUGGAGAGUGUUAGUUCGUGUGGUUCGAUUGUAUAAGAUGCCAGAUUACAAUGAUGACAAAGUCACUAAUUCGAUUGAGAUGAUAUUCAUGGACGAACAUGUUAUCAUGUGAUAACAUUACGAGUUCAGACCAAAAUGACUUCCUCGAUACGAGCAAAACAAGGGGAUGGAUCGUAUGUGGUGUACGGGACUAUUGUCGCGGUAAACAAUGAGAGCGAUUGGUGGUAUUUAGCAUGUAAGUGUAACAGAGCUGUUAAACCUGAUGGUGCAAUGUACUACUGUGCAUACUGCUCAAAUCGUGUUUUCAAGGCUGGAAGUUUUGAAAAUCCAAGAGAGUUUGAUGACCUCUUGCUUGGGAAGACGUAUAUUUUCAAAGUUGAGGUAAGGGUCAUGAACCGCGGCCAACAUGAACACUCUUUUAGAGUGUCAAAAGUAUGUCACGAUGAUACCAUCAAGAAAAAAUACCUGGAAUCUAUUCAUGCAAAUAAUUCAAAAGCUGCAUCGAAUCGCGCUGUACCAGUGUACUCCGUUGAGGAGGAGUUUUUAAACAGAACGCUUGCUAGAACAAUAGAGUCUUUGAAGGAUUGCACCGAGGAUGGAGAGUAUGCAGUCUACGGUACCAUCAAAGGUGUGGAUGGUGGAGUUGAUUGGUUCAUACCAACGUGUAGGUGUGGAUCGGAAGUGAUUCCACGGAAUGGCUUUUACUACUGCAGCGACUGUAAAAAAUGUGUUGUGAAUGUGAUUCCAAGGUAUCGCAUUAAGGCAAGAGUGAACGAUGCAUCAGAUAGUGCAACUUUUGUGAUAUUUGAGAGCCUUGGAUGUUUGUUGUUGCACAAGUCCUGCUCCAAGAUGCUGAAAUUAAGUGAGGUUGAAGUCAAGACUGCCAAUAUCAAUGAUUUUGAACCUUCCUACAAUGUGAUUGACAUAUGCUUUAAUGACCGGAUCAUUGCAAAAUUUAUGGAGAUGCACUCUUCGUUUUUCUCUCCUCAGACAGAUAAGACUAUCGGGUAUUCAACUGAUGGGAAGACAAACACAGAAGUCAUUUCCGUUGGCAAUGCAACGUCUUGCGUAAAGAAUUUAAUUGUGGACUUUUUUGAAUCUCAAGAUAGUCAUCUGACACAACCUAGAGAUGAUGUGAUCAAUCUUACUCCCAUGAAAAGAAUGCAAGAGGAAGUGUAUAACGUUGGAGAUGGAGAUGAUUCCGUCAAGAAGAUGAGGAGUGUUAAGAUUGAAAAAAAUUAAUCAUUGUUGUUAUUUCUUCAUUUGAGUAUUCUAAGUUAAUUGUUGGAUUUCAUUACUAUAUACUUUAAGUUUUAUUUUAAUAUUUGCAUGAAUAAUGUUGUUGGUUUUGAACAAUGAAUUUUAUUACACCUACAAUAAAUGAUCUUUUCCUAA